GCCUGUCUGCCCUGUCACAGCAAAACCAAAAACAAAGAAAGGGAGAGAGAGAGUAUGUGUGCUUACUUAUAGGUGGAGAGUUUCAAGGGAGGAGACAUGCCCAAGAUCUCCCCUCCAGCUUCUUCUUGCCUAAUCAGAUCCCAAAGGCAAGAAUUGCUGAUAUAGACUUCAUGACCAUUCCAGACUAUGAAUUGGAGGGUUUUAACUAUUACUUGUCAUUGUCUAACCUCCUGUUAUACAUUAGCGAACGUACUUGAGUAACUGAGAUGGCAUAACCCAUCUUUUGUCUUCCUUGAAUAGCUCUUUCAAAGGGAGCCAAAACAAACCUUUGUAUUGUUAAGAAUCCUCUGGAAUUUGCAUUACCUUUGGAAUUAGAUGAACUAGAUGGCUGCUCGAGUUCAAAACCUUCCUGAGGAAAACUUUGGUCAAAGGUCUGCCCUCUCAGUGCCACAUUUUGCUGUUAGUUGCCCUUCACAGUGGACUUCCAAUGAACAGAACAUUCCAUGGUUAUCAAGGAGCACGAGCUUGAAAGUGGAAUCUUCAUCCCAACUUCGUCAUGAGGCAAAGCAUUUAGGUCUUCAACUUCCAGAUCAAGAUUCAGCAGCGACUCAAUCAGUUGAUUUUUCUAAUGGUAAAAUUGGUGCCGUGGGACUAACCAAUUCUCAAGAUCAAAGCAAUUCCUCAGAAUCUGUUCAAUACGGAAGUUGCGGCAAAAGGGUGGAAGGUCAAAUGAGGCUAGCUCCUUAUUUGAGUACUCGAGACACUGCUGUCAAUCCUGCUCAAGUUGAUUAUCAGAACUCAAUGGCUCAGUUUCCUUAUGCUUAUGGAAAUGCUUUCUAUGGCAGUUUAUUUACUCCAUAUGGACCACAGGCUAUCCCCCAACUAGGAGCUCAGAUGGUUGAGAUGGCAUCUGCGCGAGUCCCAUUGCCUCUUGAUCUUGCAGAUGAUGCUCCCAUUUAUGUAAAUGCGAAACAAUAUAAUGGAAUUCUCAGAAGGAGACAGUCGCGGGCGAAGCUUGAGGCUCAAAACAAACUAGUCAAAGCUCGAAAGCCCUACCUUCAUGAAUCUCGGCAUCGUCAUGCAUUGAAUAGGGUUAGAGGAUCUGGUGGACGUUUUCUAGGCACAAAAAAGCUACAACAAUCCAAUGCAUCUCCCACAACUAGUAUGCCUUGCGUCUCGAUCUCAGAUAGCAUUCACUUACAUCAAAAGAAUGAUAUUUCUGGGCUCAAAAUCUACCAGUCAGAAACAGCUGAAUAUGUUUCGAAUGCAACAUGCUCAGACAUCACGAGUGUCUCUGAUGGUGAGGUCCUUUUUCUACAGCAUGAUCACCGGUUCUCCGGCUUCUCGCCUUCCAUGGGUGGAGGCAUGCAAGGCACUAGGCGCGUCAUCAGCGGUGGAAUACAGCAUUGUGCUUCAGUCGUGCUGUGAGAAGGGAGGUUUCACCGUCGGGCAAUUCAUCCUUGGCUUGGUUACUUUACUUGCGUUGUUAUGCUACAUGCUUGUUACAAAGGUUAUUCCUUAAAAACGUUUGUAAUGUGCUAGAACCUGUUUUAUGAAGACUAGUUGUUUUGAGUUUUGAUUGCUUUGCUACCAGUUGUUGGUAGAUCACCACUUGGUUUCUGAUGUAGAUGAUGGUGUUAAAUUAUGAUUAAGUGUGCGUUAACAUUAUCGUUGA